ACAUCUUUCAUCAUCAAACAUUUAAUUGAUUCUGGUUUUUAUUUUACUUUUGAAAAGUGGUUUCUAUGGAAAAUUCACUACUCAUCAUAGGCCUCUUGGCCAUGGUUGUUUUGAUCUCAUCAUCACAUGCAGCUAGAGACUUGGUUAAGCCUUCCUCAAUCUCUAGAACAAUUGAUGAGGAUGUUAAAAAGCAAAAUGACAUAGCUGAAGCACUUUCACCUGGAGUUCCUGAAGUACCCUCACCAAAUAUUCCUGGAUUUCCCUUCCCAUUCCCUUUCCCCUUACCUAAAAUUCCAGGAUUUCCCUUCCCCUUUCCCUUUCCAUUACCUAAAAUUCCUGGAUUUCCCUUCCCUUUCCCCUUCCCCUUCCCUAAAAUUCCCGGAUUUCCUUGCCCUCCAACUGGAGCUCCUGAAGCUCCUGGACUUCCCUUUCCCUUUCCUUUCCCCUUUCCUAAAAUCCCAGGAUUUCCCUUUCCCUUUCCCUUUCCUAAAAUUCCAGGAUUUCCAUUUCCCUUACCUGGACCUCCUGGAUCUCCUGGACUCCCCUUUCCAUUUCCCUUUCCAUUACCUAAAAUUCCCGGAUUUCCUUUUCCCAUCCCUGGAGUGCCUGGAGUAGACGGUGGCGUCCUUCGAGUAGAUGGAGCUAGUGUGGCUAGCAUCGGUGGCACUACUGGACCUAAUGCAAAGGAUCACCUUGAAAUUCACAAUUAGAGUUAUUUUCUAGAAAUAAAUGUUAAUCAUGUCAUAUGUUAUGCUCAUUUGAAAAAAUGGAGGUAUUUCCACCUUAUGAGAUUGUAUUAUAAAUGAAAUUUGAC